CACACACCACACCCACACACCCUCACCCUCAGAAAGCACUAUUGUGCACAAACAAACUGAGCAACCCAGCUGCUGAGAGCGACCAUGGACCUCGCGACGGGGGCCAUGGGCAGCCUUCUCCUCAAGCUUGGCCAACUCCUCAUGGAGGAGUGCAAGCUGCAGACAGGCGUCAAGGGAGAUGUUGAGUAUCUCAAGAGAGAGCUGGAGAGCAUGUAUGCUGCCCUCUGCAAGGUUGGGGACGUGCCGCGAGACCAGCUCGACAAGCAGGUCAAGCUCUGGGCCAACGAAGUCAGGGACUUGUCGUUCAUAAUGGAGGACAUCAUCGACAAGUUCCUGGUGCGCGUCGAGGGAGCUAAGCCAGCCAUCAAGCCACACAAACUCAAGGAGCUCAUGAAGAAGAUGGGGAACUUGUUCAGCAAGAGCAAGACUCGCCAUGAGAUCUCGGAUGAGAUCAAAGACAUCAAGCUCCGCGUCAAGGAGGCGGCUGACCGACGUGAUAUGUACAGGGUCCACGACGUUGUUGCUAAUCUAGCUGGUGCAACCACGGUUGAUCCUCGCCUAUUGGCUCUGUUCAAGGACCGGCAAGAGCUCGUUGGUAUUGAUGAUUCAUUGAAGAAGCUAACCAAGAUAAUGAGUGAUGGGGAUGGUGAUGCGUCCAAGCAACUCAAGAUACUCUCUAUUUUUGGAUUCGGGGGCCUUGGCAAGACAUCUCUUGCCAAAGCACUGUAUGAUAACCGCAAAGCAGAGUUUGAUUGUAGUGCUUUUGUUCUGGUUGGACGGAAUCCUAGCUUGAAGAAACUUCUCAAUGACAUUCUCUUUGGAAUUGACAAGCUAAAGCAUCGGGAUUCUAACUUAUCGUCAUGGGAUGAAAUGCAGUUGAUCGAAGAACUUCGACUGUUACUUGAGAACAAGAGGUACGCACCCUAUUAUUACUUGAUUGUCAUUGAUGACAUAUGGGAUAAAACAACAUGGGAACUAGUCAAGACCGCUUUGUUGUGUAACAAUUGCGGAAGCAGGAUAAUCACAACUACUCGUAUACUCGAAGUUGCCACAAUGGCCAGUGAAGUAUACAGGCUACAACCACUUUCUCUUGAUUUAUCCAAGGAUUUAUUUCAUAGAAGAUUAUCUUGUGCUGCAAUAGAAUGGCCUAAUCAUAUUCCAACAAAGGUAUAUGAUAAAAUUUUGCAUAAAUGUGGUGGUGUACCAUUGGCUAUAAUCACAAUAGCUAGUUUGCUUGCUGGUAAAGCUGUGGAGUUUUGGUCUAAGGUAUACACUUCAAUUGGUUUUGGGCAUGAAGAAAAUGAAGACGUGGAGAACACGAGGAAAAUACUUUUAUUUAGCUAUUAUGAUCUACCUUGUCACCUCAAGACUUGCUUAUUGUAUCUGAGCAUCUAUCCUGAAGACCAUCUGAUUGAAAAAGAUAGUUUGAUAUGGAAGUGGGUUGGCGAAGGUUUUAUCCAUGAGGAACCAGGGGUAGGACUAUUCGAGAUUGGUGAGAGGUACUUCAAUGAACUGGUGAACAAAAGCAUGAUAAUGCAUGUAGAGGAAGAUGAGUAUAAUGGCAUCAUAACUGGGUGUCGUGUCCACGACAUAAUGCUUGAUAUAAUAUGUUUAUUGUCAAAGGAAGAAAAGUUUGUUACUGUAUUGGAUAGUAACGAGCAAUAUGCAACUUCACAUUGCAAUGCUCGUAGGCUAGCUGUUCAAGAUAUAGUCCAACCUCUGUCUAGCACGUCAACAUUACAAGCAAGGUCGCUUAUUGCCAUGUGCGGUGCUGAGAUGUUGCCAUCACUUUCAUGCUUUGAUGUUUUGCGCGUCCUAGCUUUGGAAAGCCCCUGGUAUUCGCACAGCCCUAAUCAUCUUGAGCAUGUUGGAAAGUUAGUUCACUUGAGGCACCUCAAACUAGGGAGUAUUGGUAUCAGUGAGCUCCCAAAGGAAAUAGGACAUCUGAAGUUCUUACUGGUAUUGGACUUGGGUGAAAAUAGCAUAAGUGAACUUCCAGAGAGUAUUGGUGGAGUAAGUCAACUCAAGUGCUUGAACAUUUGUGAAACAGGCAUUGUAGUGCCAUGCUGGAUCGGGAAUUUGACUUCUCUGGAAGAGCUAUGCCUAAGAGGAGUUGAUGUGGACUCCAACUUUGUGACAGAGCUAGGCAAGUUGACAGAGUUGAGGAAGCUCCGCAUUUCUGAAACUGUAUAUUUAUGUGGUGAUGAUAGCAGAAGGAAUAGCUGGGCUGAGUCUGUAGCCAAACUCUGCAAGAUCCAAGUCAUAGACAUUCGUCUAGUUAUCAUGUGGAGAGAUUCCAUUCAUGAGGAGAUCCCCUGGAAACAGUAUGCGCUUUCUCCACAACUCCGAGUGCUGCGCAUGGCCUACCAAGAACCCGGGCUGGUGGCAACGAUCAACCCCUCGCUUCUUCCCAACCUCUCCCAUUUACAACUAAAUGUAUACAGUCCAGACCUGGAGGUCUUUGGAAGUUUCCGAGAGCUUGUUGCCCUUGAGCUGGACACAUGGUCAGCUCUCCACCAUGACACCAUGGGCGGUGCAGGUGCCUUCCCCAAGCUGAGGGUCUUCAAGACACAAGCAACGGUUGGCUCGUUUCGAGAGGGAGAUAUGCCGGUCCUUGAAUCACUCUGGUUCAGGCUCAUAGCACACUCCAGUGAUGAUGGCAUUAGCUUUGACUUUGACUUUGGUAGCCUAGGGAACCUCCCUUUGCUUAAGAGAGUCAGCGUCUUGUUAUAUGCCCCUCCUGGGGAGCACAAGAAGGCUAAGGAAACGGUGCAGCGUGCAAUUGAUAUGCUGCCCAACCGUGUCUAUAUAGAACAGUUGGAGUACACAGUAUUAGCCCAGCUACUUGCCAAGAGGUUAGGGAUCGAACACUUAUAUCAGGUGCCAUCAAAACCGUGCCUUUCAAAUCCUCCCUUCCCAGUCGACAUAUCUGGAUUGGAGAAAGAAAAUUAG